UUGUUUGCUUGAUUAAUAGGCUUUCAGAGUUUAUUUCAUCUAUAUAUUAUAUGUGAUACACAUUUUGCUUAAUUGUGACUAAGGGUGUUUUCUCACAGUAUUAAAGUUGGAAUAGAAAGUUGGAUGAGCUGCUGUGUUUUUUUCUUAAUGUGAAGACUAGGUGUGAUAUGCUGAAACUAGAAAUUUUGCUACUACAAAAGCCUGUGUUGAGUUGCAUUUCUGGUAAUGGUGGCAAACGUAUCCAGAUUCAUUAAUAUUUUUUCACCAAGUCCAAAUGUGUGUACCGUUGGGGCUAGGAGUACAGGCUGUGGCCUUGGAACAGAGUGAAGCUAACUAGUCCACAUGGAGAUAAACCUCAGGACCAUGGUCUCAAUUAGCAUCACACUUCAACCAAUUGGAUGCAAUUCAACUACCAGACAAAGUGGCUGAUCCUAAUAUUGGUAGAAUCAUAUCAAUGUGGAAAAUUGGUUGAUGUCAACAUAGGAAUUCAUGGACGGACAAAAAUAGUAAGUGAUUGUAUUGCACCAGGUUAGUGUAGCUGCGAUUAUGUUUGUAAAUUAUUGUCUGCUGUAAAUAAUUUCAGAGAUUUACAACUAAUGGAAAAUCCAAUGUGUUAACCUAUUUUUUUGUACAUGAAAGCAUAAAUUUAAAUACCUUCAUUUAAGUCCUGUUAAUAACCCUUGCAUUCUUUUUUACUCUCCCUCAGACCACAUUUGUGAUUAUAGUCUCUGCUGAGGAGGAUGGCAACACAACUCCUUUGAAUAAUAAUAGUAACUCUACUUGAUGUACAGAGCCGGAUUGCAAGAGAGUUAAAGAGGGUCCAUUAUCCCUUGUGGGAAGCUUUUUAAUAUCUUAGCUGUAUGGAAUCACUGUGCUGCAACCUACAUCACCUGAAGCUUCAGCUAUACUGAAACUUCAUAAUAAAGCUCACCCUCCCUUUUUCCUAAUUUCCAUUGUCACUGCAAUUUCAGCAUGCUAUUUUGUCUCAGUUUUUAAAAUUCUGUUUUAGUAUUGCUGUACAAACAAUUAUGGCAUUUUUCAGUGACUUGUGGUCUUACUUAGUUCCUGCCAAUAGCUACAGAUGGCAUCAUUCUCAUUUACCUUGAGGUUGUGAGCCCCUUAUUAAAUACAUUUUAUAAAUGCAUUCUACCUCAUAAUAGGUAUAUUAAGAGUCUGUUAUAUAACUCGCAAAUUGGAUAACUCAGUUGUGCAGAUAACUACUUAAAGAUGAGUUUAUUAAAAAAUUCUUUGGCUAUGUGUAUAGUUGGUGUGAACCUAUCCAACUUUUUUGUUUUUCUUCUUAAAAGUCUUACUGUGGUUCCCUUCUGAAUAACAAAUCAAAUCACGUUCUCUUAAGGCCUAUAAAACAGUAUCUUGUUGGAUCUGUUUGUAGUUAUAAAUGCCUUUUUAGGGUCAUUCUCUGUCCAUGUAAUAGUUAUUCCCCAGAACUAUUAGUUCUUCCUUAUAUGUGUCACGGUAUAGCAUCCUUAGUAAACGAUAUUAAUGGGAGAGGAUAUGAGUUUUGUCUGCACUCUUCCAUUACUGUUCUAUAAACUGUUUCCUUUUUUCCUUUACUACCUAUCUCAAGUGUUCUCCAUCAGAGCUAAACCAAGUACUUGCUAAAACACUGAAUCAUGUAGGAGUGGUAGAAAGGCCAGUGGGUGGGAAGGGAAAAAGGGUAGAAGUGAAGUUUUCCUAUACUGCAUGAUUAGUCAAGCCUGUGGUCCCAUAUGGUACCAAAGGCAAUUUAAACACUGUAUGUUCAGCGAACACCUACAUUUCAUUUUUCUUUUUUAUUAUUUACAAAUUGAGCGCUUCCAUUUUUCUCUUGUUCACAUCUCUUUUCCCUUUUCCAGGUCUUGAUUGCUUUUUGUGUAGGAUUGUAAAGGACAAUUUACUAGCAUUAUGUUAAUUGUUCUGGUGAUACUCGGUGACAUAACUUUAUUAUAGCCUUAUUUGUUACUUUUACUAAUUUAAGCAUUAACUUUGCAGACUGAAUAAUAAAACUUGCAGUGAUAAUUUGCGGUUUUAUGUACAUUUCGUUCUCUUACUCAUUUGCUGACAUUUUGAAUUAUUUGUUUACCCAGCAUAUGUUUGGUUCUUAUUGGCUUAAGUCAUAGAGGUUAUUCCCCUUCUUUCUUUCUAAAACUUAGUUUUUAGAGUUGAGAAGCAAAUUUGAAUACCAUAGUAAAUAUUAGGUGUAAUUUUUCUUUUGUCUAAUAAAUAUUGGCUGUAUUUUUCCAUGGUCGCAUUAAAGACAAUGAAUGGGUCUGUUUUUUGUUUGUGAUGUUUUAUUAAUGUCAAAUGUACUUUUAGAAAUCCCAACCAAUAAAUAUUGUUAAUUUUACUUAAAGCAGUAUUUUACUUCCCAAGGAAGGUUUGUUGCUUUGUUUUGUCUCCAUCUUAAUCACCCCUUCCCCCAGAAACACUGUUUAUUAUUUUACUAAAAAUCAGUGGGAAAGUAGGAUUCAUCAUGCAGAAAUUUACUUUACAGGCAUCAUUUAUGAAUACACCAAUUACAUAAAGAGAUUUGUCCUGAAAUAUUUGGGCCUUCCUUUUCCCAUCUUCUGUCAAAUUUUUAAAACACAGGAGUUAAAUGGACCCAUGUUCGCGUCUAUUUAGUAGUGUUCUGACAAUUGUAUAAUAUAGAGCAUUAUUUCUGUACCUCAGGAAGCUGAAUAUGGUGGGCAUGAUCAGAUAGAUUUGUAUGAUGAUGUCAUCUCUCCAUCUGCAAAUAAUGGAGAUGCCCCAGAAGACAGGGAUUACAUGGAUACUCUUCCACCAACUGUUGGCGAUGAUGUUGGGAAAGGAACAGCACCAAAUGUUGUCUAUACAUAUACUGGAAAGAGAAUUGCCUUAUAUAUUGGCAAUCUUACCUGGUGGACAACAGAUGAAGACUUAACUGAAGCAGUUCAUUCUUUGGGAGUAAAUGAUAUUUUAGAGAUAAAAUUUUUUGAAAAUCGGGCAAAUGGCCAGUCAAAAGGGUUUGCUCUUGUUGGUGUUGGAUCUGAAGCAUCCUCAAAAAAGUUAAUGGAUCUGUUGCCUAAAAGAGAACUGCAUGGUCAGAAUCCUGUUGUAACGCCAUGCAAUAAACAGUUCCUGAGUCAGUUUGAAAUGCAGUCCAGGAAAACUACACAAUCAGGACAAAUGUCUGGGGAAGGUAAAGCUGGUCCUCCAGGAGGCAGUUCACGUGCAGCAUUUCCACAAGGUGGUAGAGGACGGGGCCGCUUUCCAGGGGCUGUUCCCGGUGGGGACAGAUUUCCUGGGCCAGCAGGACCAGGCGGGCCACCCCCACCUUUUCCAGGAAAUUUGAUCAAGCAUCUUGUUAAAGGAACUCGGCCUUUGUUCCUGGAAACUAGGAUUCCAUGGCAUAUGGGGCACAGCAUAGAGGAAAUACCCAUUUUUGGCCUAAAAGCUGGACAGACUCCACCACGUCCACCAUUAGGUCCUCCAGGCCCACCUGGUCCACCAGGUCCCCCACCUCCUGGUCAGGUUCUGCCUCCUCCACUAGCUGGGCCUCCUAAUCGAGGAGAUCGCCCACCACCACCAGUUCUUUUUCCUGGACAACCUUUUGGGCAGCCUCCAUUGGGUCCGCUUCCUCCUGGUCCUCCACCUCCAGUUCCAGGCUACGGCCCCCCUCCUGGCCCACCACCUCCACAACAGGGACCACCACCACCUCCAGGCCCCUUUCCACCUCGCCCACCUGGCCCUCUUGGACCACCCCUUACACUUGCUCCUCCUCCGCAUCUGCCUGGACCACCUCCAGGUGCCCCUCCACCCGCUCCACAUGUGAACCCAGCUUUCUUUCCUCCGCCAACUAACAGCGGUAUGCCUACAUCAGAUAGCCGGGGUCCACCACCUACAGACCCAUAUGGCCGACCUCCACCAUAUGAUAGGGGUGACUAUGGGCCCCCUGGAAGGGAAAUGGAUACAGCAAGAACACCGUUGAGUGAAGCUGAGUUUGAAGAAAUCAUGAAUAGAAAUAGAGCAAUCUCAAGCAGUGCCAUUUCAAGAGCUGUGUCUGAUGCCAGUGCUGGUGAUUAUGGGAGUGCUAUUGAGACAUUGGUAACUGCAAUUUCCUUAAUUAAACAAUCCAAAGUAUCUGCUGAUGAUCGCUGCAAAGUCCUUAUUAGCUCUUUGCAAGAUUGCCUUCAUGGAAUUGAGUCCAAGUCUUACGGUUCUGGAUCAAGAAGACGUGAACGAUCAAGAGAAAGGGACCAUAGUAGAUCACGAGAAAAGAGUCGGCGUCAUAAAUCCCGUAGUAGAGAUCGUCAUGACGAUUAUUAUAGAGAGAGAAGCAGAGAGAGAGAGAGGCACCGGGAUCGGGACCGGGACCGGGACCGAGAGAGGGACCGGGAGCGCGAGUACCGUCAUCGUUAGAGAAGCUGAAGGAAGAGGAACACCUUCCAAGACAAAACAGUCUUCAUGGGGGAAAUGACGCUUGUCCAGCAGUUUGCUUCUUGUGAUUGAACUGACCCUGUAAGGAUUCAUGGAUAAAAUGAACAGGAAUAGAUCUGAAUAAAGCAAAUCUGCAUAAUGGUAACCAGUAGCUCUACUUUUACUUUAUAUGUUGCUUAACUGUUUUAUUUGAAGGAAACCUGUGUGAUUUAAAAAGUUAAAGCUUUUGCAACUUUAUUACUGGUUAUAUACAUUUGGCCAUUAUAAUGUGCAAGCAAUUGGAAACAAAGUCAAGUAAAUGCUUGUUUUUAUAGUAGUUUGUUCUUGUUAAAAAAUGUUCAUAUGAUAAUGUCUGUAAACAGCACCACUUUGAUUACACUAGAUGUAGUGUUGUAAUAAACUGUUUAAUGGGGCUGAUGUGUAAAGCUGUUCAAGUUAUUUGAUGUUUACACCUCAGGGAAAGUCUUGUGUUCAGCAAUAUCUAAAGAUAAUGUUAAUAUGACAACAUUUAUAUUGUCCUUUAAAAAGCAUUGCAAUAGCGUUUUUUGGAUAUGCAUCAAUCUAAUCUUGCGUUCAGUGAAUUAAACAUACUAAUUAAGUGUCUUUUGCCCUUGAUUUUGAUAUUAGAAUAGGUGAUUCCAUGGAUAUUUAACAUUUCUAUAUUCUGCUUUUCUAGCUAUUUUUAUCUAGCCUAGCUUGUGACUUUGCUGAAUGGUAUGUUCGCUUGUAAAAAUAGAAAUUUGAUGGGUUAACAAUUCAGUCAAUGUGUUGGGGGUCAAAAGAUUUGUGGUUUUAACAUUGUAGCAAAAACCUGUAUGUUAAUUGCUACAGUCAUGCAGCUUAAUGGAAACACAGAUGUAUGAAAUACUGAAUUGUAAACUGGUAGUAUAUUUUGCUUUGAUAGUUCUGUUUUGAUGCUGCAGUUAAUUGCUGUUUUCUAGAUGAUGCUUAUGGUUUAACCCUUAAACCAUAGGCAAUAUAAUAACAGCUGUGCAGCGGUUAAUAAGGCUAAAGAGAGCCUGAGUAUGAUUUUCCAGCAGCUACAGAUUUCUGAAGGGUGUCAUGUUUAUUAAUAUUGGGUUGAAUACUCUUGUAUUUGUAAUGGGAGGUCAUAGGAGCACUGUAGCUCCACAGUUUAUAAGGAAUUUUGUGUAUAUUCAUGUGAUUUGUUUGAUUCAUGCUAGUGUUUUUUAAAAUAUUUUUUUCAAACUCAUAGGUUCAUAUUAAGAGCACCCAAUAGCAUGUGUUCUUAAUUGCAAAAUUAACAGUAUCAGCUUAAUUAAGCAUUUUUAUAGGAAGGUCCUUUAUUCUUUUUGAAGAUCAGGUUGAGUGAUCUUCUGAUAACACACAUUGGUUUUGAAUGAGUAGCCAAAUUUUUAGUGCUUAAAAGUACCCCUGAAUUGUAAGAUGCAUCUGUAUAGAAGAAGCUUGUCAGCUAUUUGCACCACAGCCCUUAAUCUCAUCCUGUCUACUUCCAAACAAACGGCUUCUCACAAAGAGAACACUGCUUUGAACUGCCCAUAUUAUUGUCGGUUUCAUUUUAAAACAUUUUGUGAUUGGAAUAUAUGUGCAUGGGAUCAUUGGUAUUUAUUAGAACUAUUGCUCUCAAGUGAUUUUCUUUAAGUAUUUUGUUGACAAUUCAAUUUCCCCUCCCCCCCCUUUUAAACAUUUUUGAGAGUUGUGAUUGAUUUUGUGUAUAAGUGUUGAUCGUUUUUGGCAUUUCUUAGCUUAAAAAUGUAAUGGGAGGAAGUAUGGAUAUACAACAAGGGAAAUUAGUUAAUAAUUAACAGGUAAGUAAAAUGUCCAUUAUAGUAAACUUUUCUCCGAGCAGUUUUAAGGUGGAAUAACAAAAAUCUAACUGCACUUGAACUUGAAAUGAAAACUGGAAGUUUUUGUACUAAGUCCUUCAUUUACCUUUUACUUUUUCAUUUGUAUCAGUGCAACCUUUUAAUUGCUCAUCCUCUGACACUCUUCCCCACUUGGUGGUUCUCAUUCCAUCACUUUUGGUGCAGAUAGUGUGAGGAAUUAGAAUGGUUCCUAAUGUUUUCAGAAAGAAAGAACUGGGUUUAACCAAGUAGUUUUGCCAAGGCUUUCUCUCCUUGAUUAACUGAUGAAUGUAUAGCAGUAAAGAUGAAAAUUGUAAGCCUUUUUGGGGAAAAAAAUUUUGCAUAACCCUUCCAUUGUUUAUGGGCUGGUGUUAUAUGAAAACUCAUUUUUGUUGAUGUGUAAAAACAAUCCAAAGAGAUACAUUCUUACAUAAACACCAAAAAAUUAAGUCUUAAAGACCUUUUAAUUGAAAAUAAUUUAUCAGGGAUGAAAACGAAUUGUAAAUCAUAGCACACUGAGUUAGGUGUGUAAGACACAUGCCUUUCAACCAGUAAAAUUCUGAAUGAUUAUUGCUUCUGAAGCAGUGCUGUAGAUUAUAAAUUGCUGCUUUUGGUUAAAGGAAGUAUAUUGUGGAAAAGAUAUUCCAGUGUAAGUUUGAAAGUCCUUCUUUAUUUUCCAUUUUCAUAAGCAAGAUUUGAUGUAAGUUGCCACGGCUAUUGAUCAUAGUUUACCCCAUGUGGUGACCCUUCUACCUAGAAAGUUUUUAAGCAGUUAAUUGCAUUUUCAGAGACCCUCAAAGAACUUAUUUGGAUUGUAUCUUAAGAUUUAUUUUUAUUUAAUUCUCCUAUGGAGAAUACUACUUUUUUUAAAAAAUAGUUUAAGGUCAGUUUUAAACAUGGAGGUUUUAAUGAAUGUUGUAUACUAUUUUGUAGUAAAGGAGGUAAAUUGUUGAAAGGGCAAAGACUUUCUCUUUCCCUUGUGUAUUUAAAUGUGCCAGUAACCUAAAUACAUACUGUUUUAUACAAUGAUAUGCUACUACUAGACUUUUUUGUUGGAGUGUUCUUAAUGUUUUGGUUUUUUUAUACCUCAAUGAUCAUUGCAUUUUCUGUAUUUUCUGAUGGCUCCAAUUUGUGUUUAAGCGUCAGCUUACGUUCUUCUAAGAGGUUGUCUAUUUUCUCAUUCUUUACUGAGAUUCUCUCUGUUUUACACUAAACUGCUUUUCAAAUUCUAUUCAUUAAGUUCAUUUGCAUCCCACAGCCCUCUGUUGUGAAUGUUUCUUCCAGUUGUAUGUACCUCUGCACGCUUAUCCAUUGUACAUAUUAGAUAUUUUUUGUGCUAAAAUAUAUUAAGUGGGAUUUUUGUAGCAAAUCAUUCUACGUUUCUGAUCUUUUACAGUGGUUGUGUUGUUGUUUUUUUAAUUAUGCCGUUUAAACACUGGUUUAUUUGUUUUUUAGCAACUUGACUCUGAGAAGCCUUAGACUAAUUUUCUUAUAAAUACUCAACCAAAAAUUAUAAAUUUAUUAAGAUGUGGCCUUACUUAUGGCAUUCCUUGUGUUUGUAAUAUGAGAUUUUCUUAUUUUGAGAAACCUAAAGAUUCAGGAUUAAAGUUUUUAUUAUAAGUUAAAUAAGAAAAUGUAUUGAUGUCUAGGCUUCUGGGAGGAAGGUCUUUUACUCUUCUUUCUUGACAUUAGAAAGAAGCAAUAUGAAUUUUUAUGAAUAUUAAAAAUAUUCAGGCAAUUAUAUCUUACUCAGAUUGGUUUAGGUUUGUCUUAAUGUUAUUUAAAUUUUCAGGUGGUUAGCAUUCACUGGGUAUGCAGCUACUAUGGUUUUUGUUGGGGACAUACAAAUACUUAGCUGUAAAUAUACUUUAGUUUCAUAAAGACUUCCUGCUCUAUCAAUUAACAUUGUGAUGGGAGUCCUAAAAUUAGCAUUUAAUUGAAGUCACAUAAAUUUUGAAAUGGUAAUUACAGAUAGUAAAUACUACCAAGAGUUCUUCAUGUGGGAGUAUCCUACAACUCCACCAUGGGUGUAAAUGUUUUACAUUAAUUUCAUAAUUGGGCAGACCCUGCAGUUAGUAAAACAUUUCAUUUUAAAGGUGUUCUUUUUGCCACGGUGUUACUGCGUAACACUUCUCAGCGUUCUGUAAGUUAUUUUAAAAUACAAUGGUAAAUUCACAUUUAUUUUUUUACUUUGAAAAUUGUAGUACUCAGGUGGUAUUUAAUGGGAAAGGAUCCUUUUUGGGUAAAUCAUAAUGUAUUCUAAGGAAUGCUCUAUAACAUUAAUGACUUUCGCCUUAAAAAAGGUCUAUUCUUAUUCACUCAUUAGUUCUUCGUCCCAUGAUAUUUUAGUAGAGUAGUUUACAACUCUGUACAGCCUUACAAAAUUGUUACACAAUUUUAAACGGAAAGCCCUUAACUACAACAAAAAAAUGUACAUCACAUCACCAGUAUCCAUGAAUUAUUACGAAUCAGUUUAUAAUAAUUUGUCUGAUACCAGAAGGCCAAAGAAAGUCUUAGAAUUUUAGCUGUUCAAAUGAUGGUGACUUCACAGUAAGAUUUCUGUGCAAAGGUAAGGUGAUGUUUGAUCAAAUAGGCGUCUAUUUGGAUGUCUGGGAACUAGACUUCCUUCCAUAGCUUCUAAAAAAGCUCAUUCCAUUUAUUAAAUUACUUGUAAUUGCAGUUUUUGUGUUUACUGUUUAUUUUCUGUCUUUUCUUUCUUUAGCAUUUAGGUGACUGUUCAGCAGUUUGCUAUAUGGCCAAUGUUGGUCUUAAACUGCACUAGUAACAAGCAUGGUAUUUAUCUUGUAUUGAAAAAUAAAGUACAGUUUUGAUAAUA